AGCUGCUCAUUCGCAAUCGAUUUGGAGUUCUAGGAGGAUUUGGCUGCCUUCAAAAAGAAUGUAGACAACAUGUUCCUUAUCACCAUGGGUAUCUUCGUCUUUUGUUUACAAGGUGGAUUUGCAUUUUAUGAAUCAUCAUGUGUCCGACCCAAGAAUGUCAUCAACGUCCUGUUUCGCAACUACGUCGAUUCAAGUAUCAGCGUGAUAUUUUACUUCUUGACGGGCUAUGCGUUAACAUUCGGUGGGGGUGAAAAUGGCUUCUGUGGGACGCGAUAUUUUGCUUUGGUAGGCCUGCCCGAGGACAAAAUGGCACAUUGUUUUUUCCAGUACACGUUCGCAGCCACGGCAACAUCAAUCGUGAAAGGAAUCGUGCACGAACGCUGCACUACCACGGCCUUUCUUUGCUACACUUGUUUGAUUUCAGGCUUCACUUACCCGGUUUCGUCUUAUUGGGCGUUGUCAGAAAAUGGCUGGCUUAAGGUAUUGGGUUUCGAGGACUUUGCCGGAAGUGGAUCAAUUCAUGCGUAUGCUGGGGCAGCAAGUUUAGCAGCUGCCUACAUGACCGGCCCACGACACGAUCGAUUCGAAAAGGACGGGAAAAUGAACAACAUUCCUUUCCAUUCUGUUCCGCAAGCGUUUUUAGGCUCGUUCUUCUUUGUUUUGGGUAUGCUCGCUUUUAACACAGGAUCAAAUGGAUCUAUUACAAAUCCGGGAGACGGAAUUGUAAUAGCUAAAGUUGCCAUCAAUACGAUAGUUUGUGUUUUGGCCAGCUCAAUGACAGCCAUCGUUUUCCAGCGUUUUGUUUUUGAACGCUCUUGCUGGAAUUUUGAAGUUGGGCUAAAUGGCAGUUUUAUUGGAAUGAUAACAAUAUGCGCUGGAUGUAACCAGUAUCAGAAUUGGACUGCUCUAAUUGUCGGAUUUCUGAGUUACUUUGUCUACCUUAUAGCACAGAAAAUAAUCAUAUUUGCCAAAAUUGAUGAUCCUGUCGGAGGACUAGGAGUACAAAUGGGAGGUGGAUUUUUUGGUUUAGUCUUCGCCGCCCUAUUCAAAGAUGACGGUGUAUUCCUUCAGCCAUCGAUGUCCAGCGCAAAUACCUUACUGAUUAAUACGGUGGGUGGAAUCACUAUCAUGAUAUGGGGUUCUGGAACCAUUACCUUGCUCUACGUCGUCCUACGCUACUUCAAUCUUCAUCGCAUCAGUCUCUCCGAGGAACAAAAUGGGCUGGACGAGUUAGUUCACAAACAACAAGCCUACUGUUUUGAAGAUGUGUUGGAACACCGGAGUGUCUACUCCUCUAUGAUUGUCCGACCAGCCAAGCGUUCCCAUUCAAUGGAUGGAAUAAAUCGUCGAACACGAUAAAAAUGUAUUUCCGCCAACGCAAGAAAUGAAAAUAGGAACGAUUGUAGUUUAUAGACGACUUCGGUUAAAGUUGUUUUUGCACUUUGUGCUUGUUGUUCAGUUCAACUAGAAAUAGAACGGAACCACAUAUCUUA